CGAUCAUUAUAGCAAUCCAAAGAAAAAUUAAAAAUUUACCAAAGCAAAACGUGUAAUCAUUCAUAGCACACUUCGCCGAUUCACAUUUCGCUUCAGUUCUGACAAAUUUAUGAUCCAGAGCAAUUCUUUUCCUUUUUCUUUCUCGCCAAAGGUGGGAUUUUGCCAGCGUGAAAAUCCAGCUUUGUUCUGCGUUUUUAACCAUAAAGAACCAAAAGGGUAUUUGGUAUUAGGGGAGCUCUUAUAGUGAUUCUUGAUCUUGUUCGCAAUCAGCAAAGAAAGAUUCAGCUUUUGCCUAUUAAGAUUUCUGUGUGUUAGAAGAAGGCUACUACUUAGCACACCCUUUUUAACUGAACAUGGGAGGUGUAGUUGGUAAGGAUGAAUCUCAUAAGGCUUUAAUGCAAGAGACAAAGCUUGAAGCCAAAAUAAUUGAGGCCGUGCGCAAGAGAGAAGCUCAGGGGAGUUCGAUGAAGUCCUUUAACAGCAUUAUCUUAAAAUUUCCCAAGAUUGACGAGAGUUUCAGGAAAUGCAAAACCACAUUCGAAGAAUUUGAUGAGGAUGGAAAUGGUUCGAUAGAGCCACAAGAGCUGAAACACUGCUUCCGCAAGCUGGAGAUUAAGUUCACUGAUGAGGAGAUCGAUGAUCUAUUUGAGGCAUGUGAUAUAAAUGAAGACAUGAGAAUAAAAUUCAACGAAUUUAUCGUUCUGCUUUGCCUCGUCUAUCUUCUGAAGGAAUAUCCAACUGCCGAGCAAGAUAAAUCGCAGAGAGGAAUGCCAAAUCUCGAGGCUACUUUUGAGACAUUAGUGGAUACAUUUGUGUUUUUGGACAAGAACAGGGACGGUUAUGUGAGCAGAAAUGAGAUGGUCCAUGCGAUUAAUGAAACUACCACAGGAGAACGGUCUUCUGGGAGAAUAGCCAUGAAAAGAUUCGAGGAAAUGGACUGGGACAAGAACGGAAUGGUAAACUUCAAGGAAUUUCUUUUUGCUUUUACUCAUUGGGUCGGGAUUGAAGAUAUGGACGACGAGGAAGGGGAAGGCAACAUGUGAUCGAAAUUUUCAAAGCAAGUCAUAUAGUGAUUCAAGAUCCUGCCCGCAUAGUUUUCCUGAAGAGAGGUGAUCCUGGCUGCAGACCAUUAUCUGCCUUUUCCAAUAAUUCUGAUAGUUAAGGAAUGAAGAUCGAAUCCUGUUAUGGGCUCUCCACAUUUAUGAUGUAAAUGGACUAUCUCCAUGUCCAAAUUGCAUCACCAGGAAACUGCAGAUGCCACCCCGUUUUGCUAUAUAGGCUAUGUUUUUUCUGCUGUUGUUUUCAAAUUCGACGUUAGGCGCUACAGUGUAGGGUACGGUUGGAUUGCUGGCAGAACAAGGAAAAUAGUGAUUCUGAUGUAUAGAAGCUCGCGUCUCAUAUUAGUUGCAGACAGUUUCUGGAUCAAUUUAUAUAAUGGGGUUUCGUUUUUGUC